AAUAAAUGCUUUUGAACUUUCCAUUCAACAAAGAAUCCUGAAAAGAAAAAAUGUAUCAUGGUUUCCACAAAAAUAAUAAAAAAAGUAGCACAACUGUUUUUAACAUUGAUAAUAAUAAGAAAUGGAAAAAUUAACUGUGGAAAAUUCAGCUUACAUUUUAAAAUAUAUAAAAAAGAAAACUUAUUUUAAAUUGUAAUAAUAUUUUGCAAUAUUACUAUUUUUACUGUAUUUUGAUCAAAUAAAUGCAGCCUUGGUAAGCAUAAGAGACUUCUUUCAAAAACCCCAAACUUUUGAACGGUAAUGUAGGUGAAGUGGAUUUUUCUGAACAUUGUUAGCCAUUUGGAACCUAAUAUUAAUGUAAUGACACUGACAAAUUGUGUCCCACUUUACCUUCAUUCACCUUAGAUGACUGAAUGAGCAGGGUUUUGACUGCCUUAAAUGUAUGCUGAAGGAUAUUGUGAAGGUGUUUCUGAGUGUUUCUUGGUUCACUGCCAUACUGAAGUAUACCUGCAGGUACUGACAACUCAUCUGUCAUGGUUUAAUAGCCAUAGACAGCUUGUCUUAUAUUGGCUUGUAGCAUCUAUCAUCCAAAGAGGAUGCCCAUUUACUUUUCAUUGUCAGCUGUUGAAUGCAGCGAUAUAAACAUUCAGGUUCAUCCCACAGAAUAGAUGAAAUAUAUUAGACAAUUAGUCAGUAUUCGUUGACUCUCACAUUUGCGUAUGGCUGUUCGUUUUCUCUUUUUUUUUUUUCUCUCUCUCUCUCUGGCUUGGCAAUGAGUAAAAGCUGUGUCCUUUUAGAAUGUAAUGUAUUUAACUCUUUUAUCAGUUUACCAGUUACGUCUGCAUAAGAAUGUAAGCCUUUAAUGCAAAUAAGGCUCAGUUUGCAUCUUUCAUGGUUAUCGAAAACAGGUCUCUCUUUUCUACUUUAGACAUUUCAUAAUGUUUAUUCCACCUUUAAGUAUUGAAAUCACUGCCACAUUUUGUGUCUAAAGCAGUUGUUGUGCCAAUUAAAGCCAUUGUGAAGUCUUGCAAGGCCAAAGGUUUACAAUCUAUCAGGAACAAAAGCGUUUAUUCUGUCAUGUGAGCAUUCAAUUUGUCUGUUCCAUGAGAUGUAUAUCUGUCAUUCUCUUUAUUUUAGUGGACUGACUUCUGAGUCUGUCAUAGAAUGUACUUAGAAAGACAUCUGUUUUUGUUUUAUUUAAAUGUUAAGACUGUUCCUAUUAUACGUUGAACUGUUUUGCUGAGUUUUCGCAGUCUGUUUGAAUCCUGUUUGCUGAAUUGAGAACAUGGUCCAUCCCCAAAUUGUAUUACCCUUUCUGCUUGACAGGAUUGACAUGAACAAUAUACAACAGUUGUCAAUACAACCAACCAAUCAGAAUGUGACUUCCAUUUAGACAACAGCCAUCACUUUGGAUACAUCUAUCAGGCCCGCGCAGAUCUUCAAUGUUCUUUCAAUGUCCCUCACUGCUAAAAUUUUGAAAUGUUCCUUUCGGUUACCAAUAAGUGUCUUGUAUUUUUUGUUAUGUGUAACAUGCUUUUACCUAUCCUAAAAUCACCACAUAUAAUGUGAAAAAAGUCUGCAGUUCCCAUCUGGGCCUGCUUCUAUCCAAUCGAUUGAGUCUGUAAACGGAAAGUUAUUUGCUUAUAACUUUUUCAUCACCAAUGCACAACAUUUAGCUCAAACAUAAUCAUCACCACUCACUCAGCACUUUGUCUAUGUCUUUUGUGAAGACUAUUUGUCUGUGUGUUCUCUUUAGGGUACAAGUGGGAAACAGCACCCUAACGUUGUUUGAUUUAAGUCCAGGCAUGUCUGACUCCAACAGCGUUUAUAAUGUAUAUUCCGCUGUAAUUAAUAACAAUUAAAACAAUGUCUACCCAACUAUGUUCUAGCAUGCAUCAUUUCAUUGCAAACACCGACACAAAACGAUGGAGGCCGGUAAAUAAUAAAUGGAUAAUUAUCGCAGCAAUUACAGAAGAAAAACGACACUGAAAAGAAAGAAACCAACCUUCGACUUGUCUCUCCAUGAAAUGGCAUAUUGUAUGUAGUGAUUUGCAUCAACAGAUUGCCAGGGAAGUUGAAUUGAGUUAAUUGUAUGCAUUGAACCAUUAACUGGGUCACAGAAGGUGAUCGUCCCGCUUUAUAAUCUGGGAUCGUUUGGCUAUUUCUCUCUUUUUUAACAGACAAGGGUCGGACUAGGAUGUGAACAAUUUCAAACUAGCUUUUAGCAGUAAAGGGAGGAGCUUUGAGAUAAAGGGCAUUAGAUAAGGCCAUUAGUGCUCCGUGGAUUACAGUAAUCCAGCCCCUUUAAUAUCAGUGCGGUGGUCCACCACUCGAAAAAUAAACCAUCAUGGAGUACAGACUGCAGAACACGUUACUGUUAGCCAUCCUGCUGGUGUCUGAAGGUUUUGUUGGGUUACAAGCGCAAGAGGAUGGCGAGGGCAACGACACAUGGGCUGAGAAAACCUGCAAGUGUGACUGCGAUGAAUCCUCUAGCAAACUGCUUUCCAAAGGUUCUUCAUCAAGUUGGUCGCAGGAGAUGGACUGCAUGCCAGAGUGUCCCUACCAUAAGCCCCUGGGUUUUGAGGCAGGAUCUGUGACUUCAGAUCAGAUGAGCUGCUCUAAUGAAGACCAGUACACAGGCUGGUUCUCCUCCUGGAUUGCAAGCAAGGCAAGGCUCAACAGCCAAGGAUUUGGCUGUGCCUGGCUGUCUAAGUUCCAGGAUACUAACCAGUGGCUUCAGAUUGACCUGAAGUUGGUCAAAGUGGUUUCUGGGAUCCUGACCCAGGGGCGCUGUGACUCUGAUGAGUGGGUAACCAAGUACUCUGUGCAGUACCGCACCAAUGAGAAACUCAACUGGAUCUACUAUAAGGACCAAACUGGAAACAACAGGGUGUUCUAUGGAAACUCUGACCGUUCUUCCACAGUCCAGAACCUGCUGCGUCCACCUAUCGUAGCACGUUACAUCCGUAUCAUCCCUCUUGGCUGGCACACUCGCAUCGCCAUCCGUAUGGAGCUGCUACUAUGCACGAAUAAAUGCACCUGAUCUGGAACACUCCAGAAAAGCCAUACCCAACUAUUUCCUGUACUGCCCCCUUUCUUGUAUCACAACAUGCCAAAGUGAACAUCACUGCAUAAACUCACUGCACUUGUUUCUAUUUUAUGGUAUUUUCAAGGAGGAAAUUAUCAGUAGAAUUGUGUUAGUUACAUUUAUUUGUGUUAAAGAUGUUUUCCUUUUCUCUUUACAUUUUUUUUCCCUGUCAUUUUGUAUUCGAUUCAUGUACAAAAAUGUUUUUUUGCUUUGGCAAAUCAGAUAUAAAAGAGGGUAUCUGGUGCAAGCUGAGGCCAGAGGCGGCAACUUUGGUAAUAUGGCUAAACCAGAGGUUAGCUUAUCUGGAGAGAGGUGGGGAGAUCUUGUGGAGUUGUACUGAAUGUUGUUAUUGUGUGAUCUGAUGUGGUUUGUGAUGGUGAUGUAGGGUAUUUUAUUCCCACUGUUAUGUCCAAUUCCUUUUUGUGAGCCUAUAUUGAUUAAUUGUAUUUGUGGCUUACCUGAGAAACAACACCCUUGAAUAAAGAACGUCUCUCUGUGUA